UUUCUGACAUUGUUUUUACACCAGCAGCUGACGCAGUCUGGCUCGACGCAAUGUCCGACAAGAAAAAGUAUAAAAAAUCGAAGGAGGAGAUUGCCCGGGAGUUUGACUUGCCUGAGAGAAAGAGCAAAAUCGCGUCUAUCUUGAAGCAGGAUGGGCAGGCGUAUUGUAUUUGUCGUUCGUCCGAUUGUUCGCGAUUCAUGAUUGGCUGUGAUGGCUGCGAAGAGUGGUAUCAUGGGGAUUGCAUUAAUAUUUCGGAGAAAGAAGCAAAACACAUCAAACACUACUACUGUCAAAAGUGCAAGGAGGAGGACCCGUCGCUUCAGACAAUAUUCCGAGCGAUUCCAGCCGCCACAACAGCAGCUCCUCAAAGCAGCGAGCAGGCCAAAAAAAAGAAAGAGAAGGCUCCGAGCAGUUCAACAAAUCGUUGCGGAAAUUGCGAAGGCUGCAACGCACCCAACUGCGGGACGUGCGAAGGAUGCCUCACGCGAAAAAUAACUAAGAAAGUUCGCUGCGAACAAAGAAUCUGCGUGAAUCUGAAACCCAAACAAAAAGCUACAAGUAAAGCGAGGAAACGCAAGCGUUCAGCUAGUCCAGAACAAUUUAUUAAUCCUGAAUUGGAAGGAGAUCGCCAGUGCUACGGGCCAGGGUGCAGGAUGACCGCCCGUCCCCAGUCUAAAUACUGCUCCGACACCUGUGGAAUGAAACUGGCCACAAAUCGAAUCUUCCAGGUGCUUCCACAGCGAAUCCAGGAGUGGAAUUUAUCGAGAUGCGUUGCGGAAGAAAAUAAUAAGAAACAAUUGGACAUAAUUCGUAGCAAGCAAGCGGUCGUUAGAGCGACGCUUGCUGAGCUGGAUAAGCGCCACGCUGAACUGGAUUUGUUGGUGGAACGUGCGAAACGGUGCACCUUGGAUCCGAAAGCCACGGACUCAACAGACGUUGAGGAUGAAAUGUCCAUGUACUGUAUUACGUGCGGUCAUGAGAUUCACUCACGCACGGCGAUUCGACACAUGGAGAAGUGCUUCAACAAAUACGAGAGCCAAGCGAGCUUUGGAAGCAUCUUCAAGACGCGCAUUGAAGGAAACUCGAUGUUUUGUGACUUUUAUAAUCCAGCCAGUGGUACAUAUUGCAAGCGCCUCCGAGUUCUUUGUCCAGAGCAUUGUAAAGACCCUAAAAUCAGCGAUACUGACGUGUGCGGUUGCCCACUGGUUACAAAUGUGUUCCAUUUGACUGGAGAAUUUUGCAGGGCGCCGAAAAAGAGCUGCUUCAAGCAUUACGUCUGGGAGAAAAUUCGACGAGCCGAGAUAGAUCUGGAGCGCGUUCGUCAAUGGUUGAAGAUGGAUGAAUUGCUCGAGCAAGAACGACACCUACGUACUAGCAUGGCCUCCCGCGCCGGAGUAUUAGGUUUAAUGCUUCAUUCCACUUACAAUCAUGUGGUCAUGGAGGAAUUAUGUAGACAAAAUCAAAUUAGAAACGAAAUAAAUAAAAGCUAAUUGUUUAUAAAAUA